CCAUUAGACGCAUGACUCGCAGCAAUGGCGCAAAAUGUUGAGGCAUGGACAUUGUUGUCCUUGGCUCUAACCACAAUUUUCGUGCGUGUCUUUGUGCGAUGGAAACUUGUCGGUCCAGCCAAUUUCCAGCUUGAUGAUUAUCUUAUGCCAUUAGCGGGGAUUUUCUUCACUCUCGAAACAGUAGCGGCGUACCUUGUCGGUGCCAAAUUCGACGGUCUGACCAACAGCUACAUGACACCUGAACAACGGGCUUCACUUAGCCCAGAUUCAAGAGAGUGGGCAAAUCGCGUUGCUGGAUCUAAAAUCCAGGUAAUCGGAUGGUCAUUAUACGUGGCUAUUCUAUGGCUGGUAAAAUUUGCCCUGACGGUCUUCUACUCUCGCUUAACGACUGGCCUUCAACACCUUCCCACCCGGGUUCGACUUGCAUAUAUCAUCCUUGGUGUGACAUAUGUCGCAACACAGCUGUCCCUUCUUUUGUCCUGCCAGCCAUUCCAUGCGUUUUGGCAGAUAUACCCUGAUCCCGGAAAUUUUUGCCAACCAGCCAACUCUCGUGUAUAUGUUCUCGUUGUUGUGAUCCUUAAUGUUGUCACGGACAUUUACCUACUUUCUAUUCCACUUCCCCUACUAUGGCAGGUGAAGAUCGGUCUGAAACGGAAAAUCCCACUUAUGGCCCUAUUUUCUGGUGCUAUGUUCGUUAUCACGGCAGCAAUCAUUCGGGCUGUUAUGAUUAUGACUUCGGGUGCUGAAGGCGCCGUAAGCGGUUCUCAGUGGGCUUGUCGCGAAACAUUCGUUUCGGUCGUCGUAUCCAACCUACCCAUCAUCCAGCCACUUAUCCGCAAGGGUUUCAAGAAAAUCGGUCUUUCUCGACUCUUCAGCUCCUCUGGAAAACCCUCAGGACAGUCAUACCCACUCUCGAGCCGUGGUCUACAGACCUUGACUAGCCGAGCUGAGCGCAGUACCAAAAGGAGCAAGAAUGCAGGGCCAACCCAUACACAGGUUUCAGCAUGGGGCAGUGAUGAACACAUUCUUGAGCUUGAAUCUACCUCCAAAGAUAUUACUGUCGUCUCGGAAACUAUCGUGCGCAGUGAGCCCUGGGCCACGAAGGAGGGAGAGGGCGCCGACCACGUGGCGACGUCGCCAAAAGAAUGGGAUGGUCGAUUAUCCGCACGCUAAUGCUGGAUUACCAAGAUCAAUUAUUCUCAUAUUGACGGCAUUCGUCGAGCUCUCGAUGAACAGGAGGGCAUCCUCCAUGUGGCGUCGUGCCAUUUACAGUGGAAUUAUAAUAAUGUCAAGGGUGAUAAAAAACGUCGAAAGCUGUGGUGAAUAUAUUGCAUUGGGCGAGAGGUUUUUUUUCCGAUACUAUAAUAUUAUAAGUAUAAU